CUUCCCCGACACUGUUCCCGACGCCGUACCCAAAAUGCCAGGCCUUACAAAAGAUAUAAACGACGACGACAUCGAUUACUCGGACAUCGAGGCCAAGUACCAGGUCGAGUACGACGAGGGCUUGGAUAACAUCGUCGUCGUCGAUGGCGCCCCCGUGAUCGACGCCUCCAAGAAGGAGCGUCUAGUGACCAAGAUAUGCAAGGAUUUUGGUAAAAAGGGCGUGCACGUUAAGGCCGACAACAUCUUCAUGCCAUGGGACGACAAGGCGGGCAAGAGCAAAGGCUACAUCUUCAUCGAGUUCCGCAACGCCGAGGAGGCCGCGAUGGCCAUCGCGAUCCUGAACAACCACGCAUUCGAUUCGAAGCAUACUUUCAAGCUCAACCUCUUCACCGACAUCGAGCGCUUCGCGAACCUUGAUGAGACGUACGUCGAGCCGAAGACGGAGGAGUACCAACCAAGAGAACACCUGCGCGCCUGGCUUGCUGACGGACGCGAUCAAUACGUGACAAACCGCGGCGACGAUGUCGAAAUUCACUGGCACGGCAAGCGGGAGCAAUGCGAGAUUGCGCACAAGCCUAUGUUUAAAGAACCCUUCCUCUACGUUGCCUGGUCCCCCCUCGGCACCUUCCUCGUCACCCUUCAUCGCCCCGGCGUGCGGUUGUGGGGCGGCAACUCUUGGAAGCCGCAGCAGCGUUUCGCCCACCCGCUCGUCAAGCUCAUCGACUUCUCACCUUGCGAAAACUACCUCGUCACCUGGUCGAACGAGCCGAUCACCAUUCCCGAGGGCGCACCUCAGGGCCCGCAGUUCCUCUCGCCCGACGACGAGGGCAACAACAUCGCCGUCUGGGACAUCAAGUCCGGCCACCUCCUCCGCACCUUCCCCUCCGUCGAGGCCGAUGCCGCUGGCAAGAAGCAGAUGCCGUGGCCGAUUCUGAAGUGGAGUCCCGACGACAAGUUCGUCGGCCGUGUAACACCUGGGCAGAUGAUCAGUGUCUACGAAUUGCCGAGUAUGGGUCUUCACGGAAAGAAGAGCAUGAAGAUCGAGGGUGUCGUCGACUUCGAGUGGUGUCCGCAGGGUGACAAGGACAAGGAGGAUGCGGACAAGGACGCGAAGGCGGCGGCGUCGGGUGGAAAGACGGGCGCGAAGAAGGCACGGGACAACAUGCUCGUGUACUGGACGCCUGAAGUGCAGAAUCAGCCCGCACGCGUAACUUUGAUCAGCUUCCCGAGCCGGACCAUAUUGCGGCAAAAGAACUUGUUUAACGUGUCCGAGUGUAAACUUUACUGGCAAAAUCAGGGCGACUUCCUUUGCGUCAAGGUCGAUAGGCAUACGAAGACCAAAAAGUCGAUCUUUUGCAACCUCGAGAUCUUCCGCGUACGCGAGAAGGACUACCCUGUCGAGGUCGUCGAGCUCAAGGACACUGUCACUGACUUCUCCUGGGAGCCGAAGGGCGAGCGCUUCGCCAUCAUCUCCACCUCCGACCCCAACCUUGGCAACCCGGGCCCGGGUGUCACCAUCAAGACCGACGUCUCGUUCUACCAGCUCGACCGCACAAAGAAUGACUUCAAGCUGCUCAAGACGCUCUCCGGCCGCACCAGCAACGCCAUCCGCUGGUCACCGCGCGGUCGCCACGUCGUCCUUGCCACCGUCGGCUCCUCCACCAAGUCCGAGCUCGAGUUCUGGGACCUCGACUUCAACAACGAGGACCGCCCCGCGGGUUCGUCAAACGAGUGGGGCUCCGGCAUCCAGCUGCUCGGCACCGCCGACCACUACGGCGUCACCGACGUCGAGUGGGAUCCCAGCGGUCGCUACCUCGCCACGAGCGCCUCCGCCUGGUCGCACACGCUCGAGAACGGGUACGCGAUCUGGGACUUCCGCGGGCAGGAGCUCGAGAAGCACAUCCUCGACCGCUUCAAGCAGUUCAUCUGGCGCCCGCGCCCGCGCACGCUGCUCACGCGCGAGCAGCAGAAGCAGAUCCGCCGGAACCUGCGCGAGUACAGCGCGCAGUUCGAGCAGGAGGACGCGGAGGCGCGCAGCAACGUGUCGGCGGAGCUCAUCGCGCAGCGCAGGCGGCUGGUCGACGAGUGGAACGCGUGGCGGCAGCAGUGCAAGGCGGAGCUGAAGGCGCUCGGCGCGAAGGAGGAGGGCAAGGAGGAGGAGGCGAAGGAGGAGAUCGAGGUGUGGAUCGAGGAGGUCAUCGAGCAGACGGAAGAGGUGAUCGAGUGAGCGGUCCUUGUACGAUUCGGUGUUGUAUCCUAUGCUGUAACAUGGUUCGAAUCGCCCAAGGACGCGUUGCGCAUUCUUUGCACUCAACACCCCGCUGUAAAUAUUGGCAGGCCCCUCGCCGGAUUGGCUAGAACCAAUUCGUA